AGAAAUAGAAAGAACUGAUUAUAGCCGUGCCUGAAACGUUUUGAAGGUCACGAAAUCAAAUUGGGAAAAUUUGAAUUGGAGAAGGGAGGAAUGAUGGCCGGCGAUUGGAGUCAGCUUCCACCGGAUCUGUUAGGGAAGAUCGCGCAAAAUCUAAACUUAUUCAUCGAUUAUCUCCGAUUCCGUGCCGUCUGCGUGAAUUGGCGCUCAGAAGUACCAAAGAGGCCUCUCCACCUUCCUACCCAACUUCCAUGGCUAAUGCUCAACAAUAAGAGGGGAAACGAAAUCUUUCGUGGCUUCUUCAGUCUAUCAGAAGACAAGAUUCAUUGGCUUGAGCUUCCGGAGGCUUCUCGUCGCGAGCGAUUCCGUGGAUCCUCACAAGGCUGGCUAGUCGUCGUCGGAGAGACUCCUAUGAUUACUCUCUUGAAUCCCCUGACGCGAGUAAAAUUCUACCUCCCACCGCUCUCAACAUUUCCAACCGUAUUGGGUUUCGAUAUUUCCCAGGUGGGCAGAGAGUACCUGCUCAAGAACUCAUCUGGGCAUCGCUACACCCGUAACCUCAGAGAAAUGCGAGACAGGUUUAUGCAGAAAGUCAUCGUAUCUUCAAAUCUUGGUACCUCUUCCGACGCCGACUAUGUUAUCUUAGCCGUUCUUAACGAAACAGGUGAUUUGGCAUUCUGCAGAAGAGGAGACGAAGCAUGGUCUUUGAUUCCAGACGCCCAAUCUUACUGCGAAGACGUUAUAGAUUAUAAAGGGUCGUUCCAUGCGGUUGAUAAAUAUGGAAGAAUUGCGAUUUGCGAUGUAGGAGAUACUUCUGUUGUGGUGAAGCUGAUCGAAACCCCUCGAUUGUUCGGCGGUGAUAUACUUUAUUUGGUGGAGUUAUCAGGGGAGCUGUUUCUGGUGAUGAAAUAUCUGGAGCUCAAACCUUACGAUGAACCUGAUUUGAUCUAUAAAACAACACGAUUCGAGGUUUCAAAGUUUGAUUCAAGCGGGCCAAUUUGGAAUAAGGUGGAGAAUUUGGGUGACUAUGCUUUGUUCUUAGGUAAAAACUCAUCAUUGUCUGUGCCGGCUUCUCAUUUUCCGGGAUGCAGAGCAAACUGUAUCUACUUCACCGACGACUAUUCUGAGGCUAACUAUGAAGGUGUAUGUGGGGAGCAUGAUUUAGGGAUCUUCAACUUAGGGGAUGGAAGUGUGGAGUUGUUACCUUGUUACUCACAACAUUCUCAAUUAAUUUGGCCUCCUCCACUUUGGGUUUCACCCAAUCCAUUAAUUAUUCUCAAAUCGUUAGCGAUGCAACAAGAUCCUCGAAUGCUGCCACCUGAGGAAGUUUCGAAUGCAAGAUUACGAAAAAAGAAAGCCUCAAGGCAUGUUGCACCUGUGUUCCAGAUGCAAGGAGAGAACCUCAAGGGGGUUCAGGAGACAUUACCUUCAUCUUUCAAGGUCACACAGAAGGCCCAGAAGAGAAACCUGAAGAGUGAAGGUUCUCCAUCAUUCCAACAGCCAGAGAGAUCAACCUCAGAUUCCUUGCCAGAUUCCUCAAGAUCUGCGAAUGAUUACCGAGCACUGAGACGAAAAUAUUUGCUUCUGGAGGAAGAGAGCUGUAUAUUGGGGAGAGAAUUGGAAGAGGUUGAAGAUGAAGUCAAGGCCCUGGAAGACGAGAAGCUUGCACUCUUGGACCAGCUUGUUGUUCUAGAAGGUCUAAUUGAUCCCUCAGAACUUCAGCCUCGUGGACCACCCCUAUCUUAAUUUUCUUUAAGGGACCCCUAUAUUAACUUCUACAAACCAAGACAACUGUUGCUGACUUGCUAUAUUGUUCCAGAUGGAUUUGAUUAGUUUCUAGAUAUCAGCUACUACACCUGUAUCAGCAAUUGUGCAGACAUGGAAUCAAUCUAAACCCUUAUCAUCAA